CAGUUAAGUGGGUCUGAACGAGUUGAGGCAAAAUCAUCUCAAAGGGAAAAGUUUUCAGGACCCCGCAGAGGAGAAAGUGCGCGUCCACCAACUCUACGCACCGAGCUGUCUGUUGAUGCGAGCAGCAGGGAAGACACUCAACUGGAAGUCGCGCAUUUGCGGAGUGGGGUGAAUCCAAUCAACCAUCAUCCAACAUGAGUAAUAUGUCCAACCGGACCGCUAACCCGUGUGUCGGCGAACCUCCGUUCGCUAUCGACAACAUCAGAAAUCAAGACCUAUUUGGCAUUAUUUUGUAUUCAGUCCUCACCUUCAUGGCAACGAUUUCACUGCUGGUCUUCCUAGAGGAGUGUGUGUACAUUUACAAGAAGGUGCCUGCCAACAAGAAGAGUGUAAUCAUCUGGGUGAACGGGGCAGCUCCGGUGAUCAGCACCAUGUCCUGCAUAGGGAUGUGGAUCCCCAAAGCCGUGAUGAUUACAGAUAUGACUUCGGCCACCUAUUUCGCCAUCGUGGUGUUUAAGUUCCUGAUCAUGAUGUUGGAGGAGAUUGGAGGGGACAAGGCCUUCCUGAAGCGGGCUAGCAAACACAAACUGAAGAUCAGCACUGGGCCUUGCUGCUGCUGCUGCCCCUGUCUCCCACACGUGGCCAUCACACGACGCACUCUCUUCCUGCUGAAGCUCGGAUCCUUCCAGUUUGCCCUUCUGAAGCUUAUCUUCACCCUCCUUUCCAUCAUCCUGUGGACCGACGGGAAUUUCAACCUGCAAGAUAUGAGCAUUACUGGAGCAGCAAUAUGGAUCAACCCAUUCGUUGGCAUCUUGACAGUGAUUGCUCUGUGGCCUGUCUCCAUCAUUUUCAUGCACCUGAGGACCACCUUGCGGACGCUUAAGAUCAUCCCCAAGUAUGCCAUGUAUCAGCUGGUGCUGAUCCUGAGCCAGCUGCAGACAGCUAUUAUCAACAUCUUGGCCAUGAGUGGAGUUAUCGCCUGCUCUCCGCCUUUUUCGUCUCCCGCCAGAGGAUACAUGCUGAGUCAACAGCUCCUCAUCCUGGAGAUGUUCAUCAUCACUCUGGUAACCCGGCUGCUGUAUCGACGACAGUACGACCCUCUCCCAGAAGAAGAACCGGACGACAAUGAAAACAAGAUGAUAACAUUAACAGUUUCUGCGUGAGGACUAGAUGAAUGUGUGUGUCUGAGAGUGUUUGUGCAGGGGUUUGAUGAAGAAAUGAUGUAAAGUUGUGUUAAUCAAUAAAAUAUGAAAUCGCUGUAAAUGAACUUUGAGGUUGUGCAGCUGGCUGACUGGAACACUCAGGUCACUUUUUAGCAAUAUGUUCAGACAAGUAAGCAUUCAUCUUCAGGUCGGGGAAAGCUCAGUUGGAAAGCUCCUUUCUGUAACCUCUUGGAUAUAAACACUAUUGAUGCUAAUAUAGCUGAGGGAACUUAGCUAUAUUUGCUGUCCUUCAUCCACUGAUGGCACCUUUUAAUUGUGAAAAUCUUUAGUUUUUAGUUUCCAAACUAAGUAAGGCUUUUAUACAGUUAAUUUUAUGUCUUUUUUUUAAUGGUCCAUUUUCUAAAGAUGCUGAGUGUAAAGUUAAAUCAGUACGUUCAAGCUGGCUAGUCCUUGAGACUGUGAAGCCCAAAUUAUAACACCUCCACCACUGUGCAUCACAGUAGCUCACCAAGGAGCAUGUCAUUGGUCUGUACUUUUCGCUGCUAUUGUUAUCAGAUUCUUAUUUUGACUUUGGAUCAAGUUAAGACUACACUUCUGAGAAAACUACUCUCUGACAAUAUGUUCACUGUUUAUAUUUGCUCUGCUGUUCUUUUCUAACAACAACUGUCUGCCCCAAUUUCCUCUCUCAGCUAUGGUUAGUCAGAUGGCAAAUCAAUGUUUCAAAGAGAAUCAAAUAGGUUUUUUUUUUUUUCAUUGCUAUUAGGAAUAUAUAGUAUAUUAUUCAUGUAUUGAAUUUGUGCCUUUUUGGUUAUAAAUAUUGUGAUCUUUACCUUACAGGGAUUUAAAUAACCCUCCAUUUUCCCAUGAAGUGUGCUCCUUGUGACAUGUGGAACAGCUGUUUCAUACGAAUGAUGAAACAAAGUGGAAGUCAGAAGUCAAAUAUUUGUUACAGGAGAACAUUUUAGAGUUGUUAACCAAUGCCAUUGUUGAUAAAAUUGCUUGUAUUUUUAUGCAGCAUUUUGUUUCCUUGUUUGUGUGCUGCUUUUAGUUCUGAGUGGAAACAAAAGGGUAUAAAACUUGGUGUCUCUCAGGUUCAUUCACCUUUCAGGUUUUUAACAAACGUCUCUAAAUUAGGGAAGCAAACAACAAAAAAGAAAACAUAAUAUAAAAUAUAUCAAGCAAAAUUGCUUACUGAAAAGAUGUAGAGGGGAAUUCAGUUUAGUUGCAUUGAAUGUGAAAAGAACUUCCUAUGUAUUUUUUGUUUGUUUGUUUGUUUUUACUAUUAAAUGUUUCCACUGCAUCUUCAUGUGCAGGUUGUUUUGAUAUCUUUGACAUGUAAUUUGAGAAUUUUAAAAAGAAUUUACAGAAAUAAAUGCAUUAAUGGUCUCCAAAACCUGCUUGAACUCAGUAUGGAAUUAAACCCAUCUCCCUCAA